UCGUCGUUAUUCACUCCCCCGCACGACCAGAGACUCCUCCGCCGCUCCUCUUCUUCUUCUUCUUCUCCGUGGCCUCCUCUUCCCUCUCCGCGGCCGCCGACGCCCAUCCUCGCUCGCUUCCCAUGGUCAACCAUGGAGAUGUCGAGAGGACGGCAGUUCUAACGCCGCCGUUAUCGCUCGACGGCGAGUCGCGAGCGGACUACAGGGCUCCUAAUCUCCUGCAGCGCAUCCUCGGCCUCUUGAGGAACGUGCGGCCCGGAUCAGAACUCACCAACUUCCAGUUGCCUCCUCUCUUCAACAUCCCUAAGUCACAGCUCCAAUGUUUCGGCGAGUCGGUGUACAGCACCAGAGAGGAUAUGUUGAGCAGGUGCUGCAGGGCUGAGAGCCCGCUGGAGAGACUGACUUCAGUCGUGGCGUGGAGCAUCUCGACCUUGCGGCCUUUGAUCUUUGGCGUCGCCCCUUACAACCCCAUUCUGGGCGAGACCCACCAUGUCUCCAGGGGAAACCUCAAUGUUCUUGUUGAACAGGUUUCACAUCACCCGCCAGUCUCUGCUCUUCAUGCAACAGAUGAUAGAGAAGAGCUUGAGAUGAUCUGGUGUCAACAUCCUGUCCCUAGAUUUUACGGUACGUCGGUGGAAACAGAGGUGCAUGGAAAAAGGCAACUUAAGCUCCUUGGUUUAGGAGAGACUUAUGUGAUGAACUCGCCGAAGCUCUUGAUCAGGUUCUUGCCCGUGCCUGGAGUCGAUUGGGUUGGCAAUGUCAGGAUCACUUGCCAAGAGACGGGCCUUGGAGCUGAGUUGUGUUACCGAGGCCCUUCCUUGAUUGGCAGGAACCGUAGAUCUAUCAAAGGGAAGAUUAUUGAUCUAUCAUCAUCGAAGACAUUAUAUGAAGUCGAUGGUCACUGGGAUAGUACGGUGACGGUAAAGGACGUCAGCAACGGGAAACAAAAAGUGAUAUACAAUGCCGCGGAGAUCAUUUCUGGGUUAAAGACUCCUCAAGUUAAAGACUCAAAGGGUGUUUCGUGGAGCGAAUCGGCUAUGGUUUGGAGCGAAGUUAGCCGAGGGAUUCUGAGCAAAGACUGGGACAAGGCAAGAGAAGCGAAGAGAGCAGUAGAAGAAGAGCAGAGGGAGCUCAAAAAGGAAAGAGAUUCGAGAGGACAAACAUGGGUUCCGAAGCAUUUCACCGUGUCUUGCAACAACGAAAACGGGUGGGAUUGCUCGCCUAUUGAAAAAUUGGUGCCUUCAGCACCUAUGCAUGUUCCUUUUGAUUGCUAGGGUUAGGAACGAGACUGGUUUCUUCACUGUAUCGCCUCCAGGUUCAUAAUUCAUGUAUAUCUCGAUGUUCUUACCAGUUAAGGGCCCAAAAAUGGCUUUACCGAUCAUAAAUUUGUUCUUCCUGGAAUAUUUUGGAAUACAUAAACAGCAAAGCCGCUCCAGAAUUCUAUGUUAGAAGGCGUUAAAGGACGGAAACGUAAUGGCUACAUUUUUCCGUAUUUCACUUGUUUAUGGAAAAGAUUUCCUUUGAUUGCAACAA